AUGGGAUCUACCCAUUUAUAUCUACUUCAUUGUUCAAGGGAAUGGUACCUAGACUUGAUAAAUGCUUAG